AUGGCAACAGUCAAGCCUGACGCGCAUCCAGACGCUCAGCCGACGUCUGACUACCACAAUUCGGCAUUCACGCUGCCAAACGGAUGCCCUAUCGAUAACCCGUUCAAUUCCGAGAAGGUCCGGCAGUAUAAUGGAAAAUCCGUCAAGAUAUCCCAGCUCCUGCAGGAGGUAUUCCUCCUUGAUCAACUCUCCCAUUUUGCCCAUGAGCGUAUUCCCGAGAGACUUGGUCAUGCCAAAGGAACCGGUGCCUAUGGGACUUUCGAAGUGACCAGUGAUGAAAUCAAAAAUUACACUUGCGCCGACUUCCUCCAGAAGAAGGCCAACCCAGAGGACAACAAAACACCGUUUUUCCUGCGUCUUUCCACUACUUCUGGAUUUCGAGGCUCGGCGGACACUGUUCGGGAUACCAGAGGGUUUGCUUUCAAGUUAUACACUAACGAAGGCAAUCUAGACUGGGUCUUCUUUUGGCCGGAAAUCUUUUCGAUCUGGGACACUGGAAAAAUUAUUUCGAGCAACCAUGUAACCAAGAAGUGUCCUGCUAGCGGACUGUCAGACUCCAACAUGUACUUCCAUUUCAUCAACAAUAACUUGGAGGCGUACAAUCAAUUCAUGAGAACCCACAGUGAUUAUGGAACGCCUAGGCAAUAUUCAGAUAUGGUUAUUACAGGUAUCAACACGUACACGUUUGUCAAAGAUGACGACAAUUACUCCUAUGUGCGAAUUACAAUGUUGCCCGAGGCACCGUCUACUCCAUUUACUCUGGCCGAGGCCACCAAGAAAGCCGGAGAAGACCCCGACUUCCACAACCGCAGCCUGUUCAAUUUGAUAGCCGAAACCAACAAAAAAGAAGCCGCUCUUCAGCAAGGAUUGAAAAGAGUGGAUGACAAACUGAGCAGCGCAUCCUCAGCGCAAAAAGCGGAACUGGAGCAAGAGAAAACAAAACUGAAGCAGCAAAUCGAGAAGCUGCCUUAUCCGCGCUGGACGGCGUACGCCCAAAUCAUAAAGCCGGAAGAAGUCGAAAAUGCUUCCCUUAACAUUUUCGACGCCAGCAAAACCCUUCCAAAGGACCUGGGUAGAACAAUUGAGUUCGGCAAGCUCAUCCUCAACCGCAACCCUCGAAACCAGUUCACCGAAACCGAGCAGGCCGCCUUUUCUAUCGCAAAUGUUGUACCGGGAUGGGAUAUCUCCCCUGACCCAAUUCUCCAAGCUCGCCUGUUCACGUACCCCGAGGCCAACCACUACCGACUUGGUAUUAACUGCGACCAAAUCCCCGUGAAUCGCCCUAAGCGAGUCUGGGACCCGACCAGACGCGACGGACCGAACGCCCUUUUCAACUACGAAGACCACCCCACCUACAUUGCGGAGUUCAACAAAACCCAGGCCCUCCCCGGCACCAACACCAACAAGAGCUACGUCGGCACCAAGCGCUGGUUUGCCAACAAGCCCAUUGAGGUGGUGAGGGACGUGAACGAGUGGGAUUCUCCCGCGGGACAACUCAAGCAGCCGUGGGAAUUCUACAGCAUCGAGCUGAACGGUGCCCCGCCGGCUGAGGACCAAGACCCGGUGUAUAGGCAGAAGGCGACGGAGCAUGGAAUCGCGUACAAGCAGUGGGCGUUUGUGCAUAAUGUUGCGAAGCGUCUUUCUGCCUGCACGGAGGACAAUCGUCGUCAGACAUAUGAAACUUUUAAGACAAUGGACACCGAAAACUGGCAAGAUGGCAAACCGACCUCAAAGAACUUGGGUGUGUUGAUUGAGAACGAGACCAAAGGAAUUAUCAAGGAGAGUCAGGCCGAGAAGGAAUUGGAAUUGCGGAAUUGA